ACCAAGUGUCAAAGUGUUACUGUUGAAGUUUUGACGUUUUGUUUUCAAAAUAUUCAAUCAAAACAUUAGUUUUACAUAUUAUUACAGUAUAUUCUGCUAAUAUAAAUUAACGCUUUUUAUUGAAACGAUGGAAGUAGGCGGUGAAAAUGUAGAUUUUGGAAAAUUAAUAAAUGUCAAAGGUAAUAUUGAAAAUAUUACACCUCAUAAAAUAGCGGUAGUAGCUUUUAUACGAGAGUACGGUCUACUGAAAAUUGAAGCAAACAAAAUGAUGGACUGCACUGUGGCACCAAAAUAUAGAAAGGACUUCUGUAUGCUGGCUCUUAAACUGAUUCAGUGCCCAGAUAUGGAAUUUAAAGAGUUAGAGGCUUUGCUAACGGAUGGACGUUAUAAUUUACUCAGUGUUCAUCUACAGAACUUUUGUGUUAGACUCCAGAAUAUUUAUGUUAAUGGCGUUAGUGCUCUGACGGACUGUGUCACCUCAACUAUAGACAAGCUGAUGAUUGAAUCUAAUCCUUGUAUUAUGGCCAGAUACAGUGUAUUAGGAUUGUAUUUAAGAAGAAUAUUACUUCAUUUAGACAAGCUUACUUUUGUGCAAGUUGUGUCACUUUACAAGUCAUUCUGCCUAUAUUACCAGAGGGGUAGGCCUGGUCUUAUGAUGAGAUCAUUAAGUAAAGAGAAACUAAACAACAUGGAUCAGCAGGCCACAACCACAUCUCCCGUUAUACCUGAGGAACCAAAACCAUUGGAGCUCUCAAUGCGAAUGAAUAUAAUAGACAGAGACAACAGUUUUGAAGAAUGCCAGUGGUCGAGAAAGCAAGCAGAAUUAUUUACAGCACAACAGGCAAAUUUAUUACAAAUUAAUGAAAAGAAGGCAAUGCCACCUAGACAGUUACAGAAAACAAUUAUACAAAUAAUGAAUGAUAUACCAGAAUAUGCAGAUAUUCAUUUCCUGAGUUUUUUAAACUGCAUUCGUACAAAGGAGUUCAGUGGUGCUCAGGACUCUCUAUACAAUUUUUUCGACCGUACGAUCUUACUAUCAGGCAAUAACACAGGCAUCGACAGGAAUAAGAAUUUCCGUUAUGCAGCACUGAAUAGGGCGGCAAUGCACACCCAUUUCGGUCACCGAUCUGUGGCCAUGGAAGCAGUGCGUGAGGCUCUAGCCCGCGCGCAGGAGGCCGCGGAUUACGCGUGCCUGGUGGGCGCGGGCACGUGGGGCGCGCUGGCGGGCGGGCGCGCGCGCCGGGCCGCCCUGCUGUCGCGCGCGCCCCGCGACCCGGUGCCGGGGGCGCCGGCCGCGCCGCUGACCGCGCCCGCCGCCGCCGCGCCCUCACACCCGCGGUACACUGCCGCCGCCGCACAGCUACUGGCUCAACACGCUGCCGUUAACGGUGCCAAGCCUGCUUAUAUUUUUCAGGUCAUUAUGCGAGGAGAUUCCAUCAAUUACCUGCACUCGAUGACCGAUCUGACGAUGGCAGGCCUCGCUAACACGGCCGCAUUAUGGGCCCUCUACGGAAAAACUGAAAUGGCGUCAGUAGCAUGCCAACUUCUUCUUGAUCUCAACACGAAGUGCAACGUGGGCAGCGGCGUGGUGGGGCACGUGACGGAGGCGCAGUGGGUGGGGUGGCGCGGCGCGGCCGAGCUGGCGGCGUGGCGCGGCGCGCUGCCGGCCGCGCUGGCGCUGCAGCAGCGCGCGCCGCCCGCGCCGCACGCGCGCCUGCACGCCGAGCGCGCGCUGCACCGCGGCAAAUGGGAGGAAGCAGAACAAAGUAUAAGACAGUUGGCAUCAUCCAAUAGAUGGGAGAGUCAACUCCUAAAAGCUGAGAUGUAUUAUCUGAAAGGAGACGCUACCGAAGCGUUGGAGUCUCUGUAUGACAUCCUAGACUACUGCAAGACUGAGGAUGACAGUUUGCACUAUAUAUCACUGAGAGUGAAAGCUAUGAUAUUGAUGUCUCAAGUCCAACAUUCAUUCAGUAAUAUACAAUCCACAAAUAUAAUGCAACUCAAUGAAGCCCUGUGGUUAGCAAAAGAAUACCAUUUACAUUACUUAGCUGCAUCAGCUGAAAUGCAUUUAGCUAAUGUCCAGUUAAGUAUGGGAUGUGCAAAGAAUGCUUUAUCUCUUGUGAGGAAGGCUUUGCCUACUAUAAUGGCAGAUGGUGGUGCAUAUGAUAUGGGCAGAGCCAUGUUGCUGUACACGAAGUGUCGGAUUGCGACCGCAGCUCCAUGUGGAGAGGCUCGGAUGCAGGUAUUGCAGUCGUGUUGUGAGGCUUUAGAAAAUGUCAAAAAGAAUUUUACUAAAGUCGGCGCGCAUCUCAGAUUACUGCAAACAUGGUAUUUACAGGCACAGCUGUACCACGACAUUGGUAACCACGCCGCAAGAAAUCAAUGUGCUUGGAUGUAUAGACAAUUAGAAUUACAAAAUUCUGUUGAACCAUCAAAUUUAUUGCUUGUAAUGUAUUAAAUGUACUAAGAAGCAA